AUGGCGGGGAGGUUUGCCAGAGUUUGGAUACCUGAUCCUGAAGAAGUUUGGAAGUCAGCGGAGCUGCUCAGGGAUUAUAAACCAGGAGAUACAGUCCUCCAGCUUCGCCUCGAGGAAGGAAAGGAUUUGGAAUACCGUCUAGACCCCAAGACCAAGGAGCUGCCCCACUUACGGAACCCUGACAUCCUUGUGGGUGAGAAUGACCUCACCGCCCUCAGCUAUCUCCAUGAGCCUGCUGUGCUGCACAAUCUCAGAGUCCGCUUCAUUGAUUCCAAGCUGAUUUACACAUACUGUGGGAUAGUUCUAGUCGCUAUAAAUCCCUAUGAACAGCUGCCUAUUUAUGGAGAGGAUAUCAUCAACGCGUACAGUGGCCAGAACAUGGGCGAUAUGGAUCCACAUAUCUUCGCAGUAGCUGAAGAAGCAUACAAGCAAAUGGCCAGAGACGAGCGAAAUCAGUCCAUCAUUGUAAGCGGAGAGUCCGGGGCCGGAAAAACCGUCUCGGCUAAGUACGCCAUGCGGUACUUUGCAACUGUAAGUGGUUCUGCCAGCGAGGCCAAUGUGGAGGAAAAGGUGUUGGCCUCCAAUCCCAUCAUGGAGUCCAUUGGAAAUGCUAAAACAACCAGGAAUGAUAACAGCAGCCGUUUUGGAAAGUACAUUGAGAUUGGAUUUGAUAAGAGAUAUCGAAUCAUUGGUGCCAAUAUGAGAACUUACCUCCUAGAGAAAUCCAGAGUGGUGUUCCAGGCAGAAGAGGAGAGAAACUAUCAUAUCUUCUAUCAGCUCUGUGCCUCAGCAAAGUUACCUGAAUUUAAAACGCUGCGGUUAGGAAACGCGAGUUACUUCCAUUACACGAAGCAAGGAGGCAGCCCUGUGAUUGACGGAAUUGACGAUGCCAAGGAGAUGGCCCACACCAGGCAGGCCUGCACUUUGCUAGGAAUUAGCGAGUCUUACCAGAUGGGGAUUUUCCGAAUACUUGCUGGCAUCCUUCACUUAGGCAAUGUUGGAUUCACAUCUCGAGAUUCAGACAGCUGCACAAUACCUCCCAAACACGAGCCUCUCAUCAUCUUCUGUGAUCUCAUGGGCGUGGACUGCGAGGAGAUGAGUCACUGGCUCUGCCAUCGGAAGCUGGCUACCGCCGCAGAGACGUACAUCAAGCCCAUCUCCAAGCUGCAGGCCACAAAUGCCCGCGAUGCUUUGGCCAAACAUAUCUACGCCAAGCUCUUUACCUGGAUUGUUGAUCAUGUCAAUCAGGCCCUCCAUUCUACCGUCAAGCAGCAUUCCUUCAUUGGCGUGCUGGACAUUUAUGGUUUCUCCUUCAGAUUCCUGAGCCAAGUGCUCGACUGGACCCAGUCCUGUUCACAUGUCUUCAAAUUAGAACAAGAGGAAUAUAUGAAGGAACAAAUCCCAUGGACGCUCAUAGAUUUUUAUGAUAAUCAGCCUUGUAUAAAUCUUAUUGAAUCUAAACUGGGCAUUCUGGAUUUGCUAGAUGAGGAAUGCAAGAUGCCAAAAGGUUCAGAUGACACUUGGGCCCAAAAACUGUACAACACGCAUUUGAACAAAUGUGCACUUUUCGAAAAGCCCCGCCUCUCAAAUAAAGCCUUCAUCAUCCAACAUUUUGCUGAUAAAGUGGAAUACCAGUGUGAAGGCUUUCUUGAAAAGAAUAAAGACACCGUUUUUGAAGAACAAAUUAAAGUUCUUAAAUCAAGCAAGUUCAAGAUGCUGCCGGAGCUGUUUCAAGAUGACGAGAAGACCAUCAGCCCGACUUCCGCCAGCUCUUCGGGGCGCACCCUCCUCACCCGCAUGCCUGCAAAGGCCACCAAAGGCCGGCCGGGCCAAGCGGCCAAAGAGCACAAGAAAACCGUGGGGCUCCAGUUCCGGAACUCCCUUCACUUGCUGAUGGAGACCCUCAAUGCCACCACCCCUCACUACGUGCGCUGCAUCAAGCCGAAUGACUUCAAGUUCCCAUUCACGUUUGACGAGAAGAGGGCAGUGCAGCAGCUGCGGGCGUGUGGCGUGCUGGAAACCAUUCGAAUCAGCGCGGCCGGUUUCCCCUCUCGGUGGACUUACCAAGAAUUUUUCAGCCGCUACCGUGUCCUAAUGAAGCAAAAAGAUGUGCUGAGUGACCGAAAGCAGACCUGUAAGAAUGUAUUAGAGAAGCUGAUACUGGACAAAGACAAGUACCAGUUUGGUAAGACCAAGAUCUUUUUCCGCGCUGGCCAAGUAGCCUAUCUAGAAAAACUGAGGGCGGACAAGCUGAGGGCUGCCUGCAUCCGCAUCCAGAAGACCAUUCGGGGAUGGCUGCUGCGGAAGAAGUACCUGCGCAUGCGGAAGGCAGCCAUUGCCGUGCAGAGAUACGUGCGAGGCUACCAGGCGCGAUGCUAUGCUGCGUUUCUGCGCAGAACCAAGGCAGCCACCAUCAUUCAGAAGUACUGGCGCAUGUAUGUGGUCCACAGGAGAUACAAGAUUACACGUGCGGCCACGAUCGUUCUUCAGUCUUAUUUGCGAGGCUACUUGGCCAGAAAUAGGUAUCGCAAGAUCCUCCGGGCGCACAAAGUGACCAUCAUUCAGAAGUGGGUCCGUGGCUGGCUGGCCCGGACACACUACAAGAGGAGCCUGCAUGCCAUCAUCUACCUGCAGUGCUGCUUCCGGCGGAUGAUGGCCAAGCGCGAGCUCAAGAAGCUCAAGAUUGAGGCCCGCUCUGUGGAGCGCUACAAGAAGCUGCACGUCGGCAUGGAGAACAAGAUCAUGCAGCUGCAGCGCAAAGUGGACGAGCAGAACAAAGACUACAAGUCCCUCAUGGAGAAGCUGACCAGUCUCGAAGGAACGUAUAACACUGAGACUGAGAAACUCCGGAAUGACCUGGAACGCCUGCAGCUAAGUGAGGAAGAAGCUAAGGUCGCCACCAAACGGGUCCUCAGCCUGCAGGAAGAAAUUGCCAAGCUCCGGAAAGACUUGGAACAAACUCGGUCAGAGAAAAAAUCUAUUGAGGAGAGUGCAGAUAGAUACAAACAGGAAACCGGCAAGCUGGUAUCAAAUCUGACGGAAGAAAACACUUUGCUGAAACAGGAAAAAGAGACCCUCAACCGCCGUAUCGUGGAGCAGGCUAAGGAGAUGACAGAGACAAUGGAGAAGAAGUUAAUAGAAGAAACGAAACAACUGGAACUCGAUCUGAAUGAUGAGAGGCUGAGGUAUCAGAACCUUCUAAAUGAGUUCAGUCGCCUAGAAGAGCGAUACGAUGACCUCAAGGAGGAGAUGACCCUGAUGUUGAAUGUCUCUAAGCCUGGACACAGAAGAACAGACUCCACCCACAGCAGCAAUGAGUCUGAAUACACCUUUAGCUCUGAAUAUGCAGAAACUGAAGAUGCUCCAAUGAGAACAGAGGAGCCGAGUGAGAAGAAGGUGCCUCAGGACAUGGCCUUGUUCCUCAAGCUCCAGAAGCGGGUCACAGAGUUGGAGCAGGAGAAGCAGGCGAUGCAGGACGAGCUGGACCACAGGGAGGAGCAGGUGCUCCGCAGCAAGGCCAAGGAACAAGAAAGACCACAAAUUAGAGGUGCUGAAUUGGAGUAUGAAUCACUUAAGCGCCAAGAACUCGAGUCAGAGAACAAAAAGCUGAAGAAUGAGCUCAACGAGUUACGCCAGGCCCUGAGCGAGAAGGGCGCUCCCGAGGUGACCGCUCCGGGCGCCCCCGCUUACCGCGUCCUCAUGGAGCAGCUGACCUCGGUCAGCGAGGAGCUGGAUGUCCGAAAGGAAGAGGUCCUCAUCCUGCGGUCACAGCUGGUGAGCCAGAAAGAGGCCAUCCAGCCCAAGGACGACAAGAACACAAUGACGGAUUCCACGAUCCUCUUGGAAGAUGUGCAGAAGAUGAAAGAUAAAGGGGAGAUAGCACAAGCGUACAUUGGUUUGAAAGAAACAAACAGGCUGCUGGAGUCCCAGCUCCAGUCCCAGAAGAGGAGCCACGAGAACGAGGCCGAGGCCCUCCGUGGGGAGAUCCAGAGCCUGAAGGAGGAGAACAACAGACAGCAACAACUGCUGGCCCAGAACCUGCAGCUGCCCCCGGAGGCCCGCAUCGAGGCCAGCCUGCAACACGAGAUCACCCGGCUGACCAACGAAAACUUGGAUUUAAUGGAACAACUUGAAAAACAGGAUAAGACUGUCCGGAAACUGAAAAAACAACUGAAAGUAUUUGCCAAGAAAAUUGGUGAAUUGGAAGUGGGUCAGAUGGAGAACAUCUCCCCAGGACAGAUCAUUGACGAGCCCAUCCGUCCAGUCAACAUUCCCAGGAAAGAGAAGGAUUUCCAAGGAAUGCUGGAAUACAAGAAGGAGGACGAGCCCAAACUGGUGAAGAAUCUGAUUCUGGAACUGAAGCCACGUGGCGUAGCCGUCAAUUUGAUCCCAGGAUUGCCGGCAUACAUCCUGUUCAUGUGCGUUCGGCAUGCCGACUACCUAAAUGACGACCAGAAAGUGCGGUCGUUGCUGACAUCAACAAUUAACAGCAUCAAAAAAGUAUUGAAGAAACGAGGGGACGAUUUUGAGACUGUCUCCUUCUGGCUUUCCAACACCUGCCGAUUUCUGCACUGCUUGAAGCAGUACAGCGGAGAAGAGGGCUUUAUGAAGCACAACACGUCUCGCCAGAACGAACACUGCCUCACCAAUUUCGACCUGGCUGAGUACCGGCAGGUGCUGAGUGACCUGGCCAUUCAGAUCUACCAGCAGCUCGUGAGGGUGUUAGAGAACAUCCUGCAGCCGAUGAUUGUCUCAGGCAUGCUGGAGCACGAGACGAUUCAGGGCAUGUCCGGCGUGAAGCCCACGGGGCUGCGGAAGCGGACCUCGAGCAUCGCGGACGAGGGCGCCUACACACUGGACUCCAUCCUCCAGCAGCUCGGCUCCUUCCACUCGGUCAUGUGCCAGCACGGCAUGGACCCCGAGCUGAUCAAGCAGGUGGUCAAGCAGAUGUUCUACAUCGUGGGGGCCAUCACCCUGAACAACCUGCUUCUGCGGAAGGACAUGUGCUCCUGGAGCAAAGGCAUGCAGAUCAGGUACAAUGUCAGCCAGCUGGAAGAAUGGCUGCGUGACAAGAAUCUGGUGAACAGCGGGGCGAAAGAAACCCUGGAGCCGCUCAUCCAAGCUGCUCAGCUUUUGCAAGUGAAGAAGAAGACCGAUGAAGACGCAGAAGCCAUUUGUUCCAUGUGCAAUGCCCUAACGACUGCCCAGAUUGUGAAAGUGCUGUUUUUGUACACUCCGGUCAACGAGUUUGAAGAAAGAGUCUCCGUAUCAUUUAUUCGCACUAUACAGGUGCGUUUGAGAGACAGGAAAGACUCUCCUCAGCUGCUCAUGGAUGCGAAACAUACCUUUCCUGUGACCUUCCCGUUUAACCCUUCCUCCCUGGCACUAGAAACCAUCCAGAUUCCAACCAGCCUGGGCCUGGGAUUCAUUUCACGGGUCUGAAAUGGAUGUCUAGGGAAAUAUUGACAAUAUGUUGCUUGCCUGAAAUAAGAUCCCCUCCUUCCCGGUCAGCUACUGAAAACACAUUUUUAAAGAUAAAGCACGUAUUAUCUCCCCAGCAAGGGUCUUAACUGGAAAUCUCUUGAAAAAGGCUUUGCUCACCUGGGAACGAAAGAGAAAGGCCUGUGUUGUGCUACCUUCUCUAGCACCGCCCCGCCCUAAGCAGCUAGGUCUUCCGAGUUUACACACAGGUGAAGGAAGGAAGGAAGUCGGAGGGAGAGGGCGGGAGGAAAAAUGUGUCUUCAGCGGCCAGCAUUUAUUUUAGAUCCUUAGUAUUGCAUUUAAAUGGGACAAAAACCUAAAUUCCAUCGAUCAGCUGUUGUCUGAACAGAACCCGUGAUGGAGCUUAACAGAAGAACUGGAAGAGCGGUCACUACUGAGCACACCUCCGGGUAGGAGUCCGUUCUUGACGCUGUCAAACUGGAGUGAAGAAAUAAACGGGCAAUACGUAAA